AUGGAUGAGAACUUUCUGGAAACCGUAUCGACCGUUGAGCGGUAUGGAAAUGUCGCGAUUACCGCCUGCUCUUCGCCGUUCUGCAGCCAUUGUCUUCAUGCACUCAGUCCCGACUCAGUGCUGUGCACGCACAAGCACACAUCCGACGCGAGUACUACGCAUGCGCAUGCGCACGCGCACUGUACGAAGGCACGCCCCCUUGCCGAGACCCCCGCGUGUUGCUCGGGCAGGCCGGGCUGGCUAGCUAUGCUUGCGGAGAAGAAAUACAAACAGAAGUGGAGUGAAGACCCGCGCAACAGUAGAUGGAGUGAAGACCGGAGCAGGUUCGGGUACCGGAUGCUGGAGCGGAUGGGUUGGAGCGAGGGUAAGGGACUGGGAAAAGAUCUAGCCGGGAAGACUGAACACGUGAAGGUGUCGAAAAGAUCCGACACAUCAGGUGUGGGUUAUGUCAGAGGUCGUGAUGAGGAGUGGAUAGAGCAUCAGGAGUCCUUCGACCAGCUCCUGGCCAGCCUCAAUGCCAAGAAAGACAACGAUGUUGGAUCAGAGAACCAGGGAGCAAAGUCUCUAGUGACCAGUGCUAUCAACAGUGGGAGAGCACUGUAUAAGAAGGCAUUGCGAAGUAAGGAUCUGUCCUCAGCCAGCAGUAAAGACCUUGACUGCGUGUUUGGUAGAAGAGGGAGGAAGGAGAGGAGAGAGAGGAAGAGGGAGAGGGGAGAGAGAGGUGGAGGGGAAGAGGAGGAGGAAGAGGGGGAAGAGGAGGAGAAGAAAGAAAGGACCAAGAGAACCAAGACAGAAGGAACGUCAGAAAAUGAGCAGUUGACAAAAGAGAGUCUUCCCGUAAUAAGCCAUGGGGUUGCUACCAUCACACAAACCGCAACAGUACAAGAAUACUUUGCCACUAAACUCACUAACUACACUGCCGAUAGUGGGUGUGGUCUGGAAGACGUAGGUAGGCACGGUCUGGGAGCUGGUGGGUGUGGUCAGGAGGGGGAGACUUAAUCAAUGCGGAGAUGUGGAAAUUGAGAAGCAAAGAAAGAAGAAACGAAAGAAAGUCAGAACGAAACGUUAGGGUUUUCUUUGCACCGAUUAUUGUUAGAUCCAAACAUGAUAAGUAUUUAUUGUACAACACCAUUCAAUCAUAAUAAUAAUCAGUGACAAUCAUGAAAAAAUGUUUCAACUCUAAAUAAAAAGUGUACUGGAAAAUGCCAACUGGUUUGUUAUAUGCAGUACAAAACUUGAUGUUAGAACGAUUACGAGAGGGUGUAAUGAGGGGUGGGCAUGAAAUAGAACUAGACAGUUGUGAGUCUCUUGGUGUAGUUGCCAGGGGAACAGACCUUCUUCUGUCCCGGAGCGACCGUAGAGCCAGCCGUCCUGGUUGUCUCUGAGCAUCACCACAAUCUGUCCUUCAAGAAGAGGCAGCUCUCCUUGGCCUUCAGCUGCAAAGUCAAACUGAGACAUGAAUAUCUGGUUGCCAGUCGAUACUGCCUGCACGUAUGUCGCUGGAAAAUAUCCAACCCUCGCUCUACAUGACCCCUGCGAAUAGAGGGAGGAAGGGAGAGGAAGAAGGUGUGAGGUGGCAGAUUGUUUGCAGAGUUCUUUAGGAUCGUUCUUUAAAAGAAAUGAUGAAGAGCGAUGAGGCAUGGUAAGAAGCUGAGAAUAA